CACAUGAAUGAUAUUGCGAGCAACUGCGAGUAAAAUUAUUUACGUCACACGCGUUUUAAGAACUGAAUUUAUUAAGAAAGUUAAAUAACCUCAUAUUUAAUAAUUUUUUUUAAUCAUAUAUAUAAUUACUUAUGACACACUAAUAUAGAUUUAUAUACUAUAUUCACAUAGUAAUUUGAAUGCAUGUGAUAUAAAUAUGAAAUAUUUUUAACCUCUUUCACAAGUGACUCGACAAAUCAACAAGUUGCAUUUACCACAUUUAUAUUACAUCAUAAGGAAAAAUGUUUAAAAAUUCUAUGAACAAGUUUAAGUACGGAGUAUUUACCACACGUAAUCGUGUUAGGCAAUUAUUAGUACGUGAUAAUUCAGGUAAAAAUCAAAUAUUUGAUUCAAGUACUCCACAUCCCAAACCAGUAAUUUUACCUGAUCAGGAACCACCUAUCCAAUCCCCAAAAGGGCCAUCUAAGCAAUCUAUAAUCAUAGAAAUACCAGGUCCUAUAAUUGAACCUAUCCUUCCUAAAAUUCAACCGGAUUCUAAACCACCUACUGAAAUUCCAGUACCUAAUGAAGAUAUAAGAAAUAACAAAAUGAUGAAUACAAGUACCAAUAAUGAUGAAGUCCUUAUUCAAGAUGUAAGAGAUAAGGGUAUAAUAACACUGAAUCGGCCACAAGCACUAAAUGCAUUAAAUUUUUCUAUGGUACAAAAGAUAUAUCCUAUUCUGAAGGAAUGGGAAUCUACCAAAAAGUUAGUUAUAAUAGAAGGUGCAGGAAAUAAAGCAUUUUGUGCAGGUGGAGAUAUAAAAGCCAUAGUUACUGCUUUAAAUAAACCAAAUGGGAGUUCAUUGGCAGAAAACUUCUUUAGAGAUGAAUACAUAUUAAAUUAUUUAAUUGGUACAUAUAAAAAGCCUUAUAUAGCAAUGAUACAUGGAAUAACAAUGGGAGGUGGUGUUGGUUUAUCAGUACAUGGAAAAUACAGAAUAGCAACUGAAAAUACUUUAUUUGCUAUGCCUGAAACUGCAAUAGGAUUGUUCCCAGAUGUUGGAGGAAGUUAUUUUCUUUCUAGAUUAAAAGGAAAAUUAGGUCUUUAUUUGGGUCUUACAGGACAUAGAUUGCAAGGCAUUGAUGUAUUUCAUGCUGGUAUUGCAACACAUUAUGUCCCAUCUAAAAGACUUCAGGAUUUAAAAGAUGAUUUAUUAAAGUUGGACACUGAUGAUAUUGAACAAAUUUUAAGUAAAUAUCAACUUCAACAUUUAAUGAAUGAAUUCUCUUUAUCACCAUAUAUAGACAAAAUUGAAAAAUGCUUUUCUUCAUCUUCUGUUGAAGAAAUAAUCAAUAAAUUAAAUAACGAUGGUUCUGAAUGGGCAAAGAAAACAGUACAAACACUGCUAAAAAUGUCUCCAACAUCUUUGAAAGUUACAAAACAAAGUAUAGAAAAAGGCAGUAAACUUACUUUAGGAGAAUGUUUAAAAAUGGAAUUUAGAUUAAUUUGUACCUACUUGAACAAAAAUACUGACUUCCAUGAAGGUGUUACAGCUUUACUUAUUACUAAACAUCAAAAUCCGAUAUGGAAUCCAAAAUCUUUAAAUGAAAUUACAGAUAAACAUAUUGAUCAAUUAUUUAAAAAACUUCCAGAUGAAAAAGAAUUGCAGCUUUAAUAAUAUUGUAUAAUGUAACAUAUAUCAAUCGUUAUAUCAGUUACAUUGUAAU